GUGAGAAUCAAAUCAAUCUGCGCAUUGGCUUUAAUGCACAGCACUCUUACUGAUGAUUGCAGGUCACAAGCGUAACUAGUACACUAGCUGUUAGUGAGGGAUCUACCUGGCAAUCCACAGAGAUAGAAGUGCGAUAAAAUGUGUUAUUAACAUAGCCGUUUAAACAAAAGCUGUUCUUGUGCACGUGCUUUGGCCAGAUAGUUACUAAGAAGGAAACGGUAUUUUGAACGGAAUGCUGGUGUCCAAGGCGCUCCUGUUAUUCCUCUUUACGGUCACGGCGCACCGAACCGUGUUUUCAUAUGUACUAGUUUCCAACUACGAAUGUUACGCGGACUCCAUCUUCCCCAGCAGUGCCGUCUUCAAUCAAUACAACCGAGAACCUGGAGAAUCAGCGUUCCAAUUCAUUAGGAGGCUUGCUGCGUAUUGCGACAGCGCCUACCAAUGCUACAGCUUUGACACCAGAGGGCACCUGUUUACUUCACAAAGCCCGUCGGAGCGAUACGUUGAAUAUGGCGCAGACCUGUACAUCAAAAGUUGGGAUCCAAACCCUAAGGCCACCUGCAUAGGGGGUUCAUCACCCUCUUUUUGGCUACCAACAGCGCCGCCGCCAGCCAUCCCUCCCGGCCUACCCCCCACGUUCCCCCUUCCUCCAGCUUCCCCGCCCAGCCCCCCACCUCUGCCGCCAGCCAUCCCUCCCGGCCUACCCCCCACGUUCCCCCUUCCUCCAGCUUCCCCGCCCAGCCCCCCACCUCUGCCGCCAGCCAUCCCUCCCGGCCUACCCCCCACGUUCCCCCUUCCUCCAACUUCCCCGCCCAGCCCUCCGCCUCCCCCACCACCGCCCCGCGUCACCGACAACUCUCCGCCUCCUUCUCCUCGGCCGCACUCGCCUCCACCGCCCAGCCCACCACCGUCCUCCCCUCUCCGACCUCCCCCGCCGUCACCCCGCCCCCCACUCGCUCCACCGCCGCCGUCACCGACACCUCCGGCACCCCCCUCACGUCCGCCUCCCUCCUUCCCGCCUCCCAGUCCUCCGCCUGCCAUUCCACCACCUCCCACGCCGCAAUCCCAAUCCGUGUACUGGACAUCCUACGCCUUAGGUCCCAACGAUCCCUCUAGUUCGAACGGCCAAGCCGGCUCCGUGAGCAACCUAGCGGGGCCUCCAGCUCCCCAGGUUGUGGCCGCCAAGACAUGCAAGCCCGCCCCGGCGUUCAGCUGGGUGCCCACUAAAGUGGCUCCCCGUUACGUGGUGGCCUACUUCAACCAAACCCCAGCUGCCAGGGUUAACCAGGUGACCAGUGUGCUGCUGUACGUCCUCAAUGUGGGCAGCCUGGACCCCGCCUUCACAUCCAUCGACCUGCUCCUGCGGGUGCCUGGGCAGGGUACCAGUCGGUGGGUGACUUUGUACACGGGCAUCUCGAGUCAGCAGCUGACGUGUCCGGGCAUCAACCGUUUUGCUCUCUCCGUGGCCUCCCUGCAGCCCCAGAUGCCGUUGGUUGCGGUUAGCGAGGUGUCUGCGGUGCGAGUGAAUGUCAAUGGGGCCUACAUAUCUAGCAAGUCGGAUCUGCCACAUCUGGCGGCGGUUGGAUUGCAGUUGCUGGCCUGAUACAUGCAGUUGGGGUGCAUGGUUGAUCGAUUGUGCUCUUAUGCAGUUUCUUUGCGUGUCCAUGAUGGAGGGCUGGUAGUGCAUUCGCAGGGCUACUGCACGUUUAAUUCGAAUGUUCGUUGCACUAAGGCUCAUCGGUGCCACUCGAUUUGCCGGAGAAUUUUGCGGGGUUAGGGCUUAGCAGGCACAUGUGAGUAUGUCCACGCAGGGUUGAGAUUCAUCUUCGCAAGCAUGUCAAGUUGCUGGGAGUAAGAAGCAGGUGUGUUGCAGGAGGGCUCUCGUCAGGUGCAACACCAAUCCCAAAGUUGCGAGCAGUUAGAUUGGGUAUGGGACGCCCGUACCUUGUGGUCUAAACUGGUAGUAAAGUGCAUACUGUGGCGACGCGUGUUCGUUCAGUAUGGUAGUGGACUCUUUCAUAGAGGCUCAAUGGC